AUGGUGUUAGUAAAAGUAAACGUCGGGAAGGCUGUUGAGCUGGAGCUGGUGGAACUCGUGGUGCUGAGAGAACUCGUGGAUUCCGUGCUGAGAGAGCUCGUGGAUUCCGUGCUGAGAGAGCUCGUGGAUUCCGUGCUGACAGAGCUCGUGGAUUCAGUGCUCAGAGAACUGGUGGAUUCCGUGCUGAGAGAGCUCGUGGGCGAUGUGCUGAUAGAACUCGUGCUGACUGACGAACUGGACGUAGACGAUUCCGGUUCCGAAGUCGUGCUCGUUUCAGACGAAGUGGUUGAUGCUGUCUCAGACGAGGAAGAUGUAUCGACCGAAGUGGAGGACUCGGAAGAAGUUUCUGAGGAAGACUCUGUGGUCGUCGGCGUUGCUGACGUGGUCGACGCCUCGGAAGUUGAUGUAGAGGAUUCCGAAGAAGACUCUGAAGUGGAAGAACUCUCGGGGACGGAGGAGCUACCAGAUGUGGUGGACAGGGUAGACGAUGGAGUCGUGGAUGACUCGGUGCUUCCGGAUGACGAAGAGGGCUCGACCGAAGAUGUUGUGGACAACUGA